GCCAAAUGCAGAACCCCUAUCCUCAACUCGGCACCAUUCAUUACCAAUUCCACCUACUCGGGUCCUGAUGCUUAGAGAAACAGCUGCAUUGAUCGCUCUUUUUAGACUGACGCUCAAGGAUUGACACGCGGCCCUGUUGAUGAAUACCCUCGAUAUCUUCCCUUAGGUAAUCCAGACACCCGUCGGACCUGUUUCAACUACCACCGUUUCAACGGCAAGCACAACCCUGGGGAAUGGCUACACCGAGCCUUCGCCAUGGCUCGGCCGCAUAGCAGCAGGAGCGACUUCAACUAUCCUCCCCGGUACUACCCGGACAACUCCACAUCGCUGUUUGACGACCUCCGCGCACUGCUCGCCCAGGCUAUCCGCGCCCUAGUCCGCUUCUGGCGCGAUCGCGGACGCCGCAUGGCCCUCGCCGCCAUGCUCUCGUUGGCGCACCGCCUGCGCCAGAAUUUGACCUACAAUCGGCUGCUGAGCUUCCCGCACCUUCUCGUGGCAGCAUGGGUGGUGGUGCUGCUCUGGGGGGAGAGGUGGACGUUCCACUCCAAGGUGGAGAGCUGCCACUGGAGUAACUGGGAGAAAUGGCGUGCCGGCGCAGAACCCCACCGAGUAGCGCUCGUCGCCGACCCCCAGCUGAUCGACCCUCACUCAUACCCCGGCCGGCCGUGGCCCUUGAGUUCGCUGACGAUGCUGGUCACCGACAACUACCUUCGCCGGUCUUACAAUCAGCUGCAAUGGCAGCUCGACCCCGACAGCAUCUUCUUUCUGGGCGACCUCUUCGACGGGGGCAGGGAGUGGAAGACGGCCCACGGCAAGUUUGAGGAUCCAGAAUGGGGUCCGCACCCCAAGCAUGAGCAAAAGUAUUUGAAGAAGUGGCACAAGACCUACGGCGAGUUCUACUGGCUGCAGGAGUACGCCCGGUUCGGGAACAUUUUCCUGAACCCCUGGGUAAGGGCGGGAGCGGGGCGGGAUGUCGAGAGAAACAGGCGGAAAUUGGUUGCCAGUUUGCCUGGGAAUCACGACUUGGGUUUUGGCGACCAGAUCAAAGUGUCUGUGAGGGAUCGGUUUGAAACUUAUUUUGGCGAGGGCAACAGGGUGGACGUGGUCGGCAACCACACGUUUGUGUCCGUCGACACUGUGUCGAUGAGCGCCGCUUCCUCGGCGCAGGCUGGGCGGCACGAUCUGAGACCCAUCUAUGAGCCGGUCCAUCGCUUUCUCAACGGCCUCAACGGGACCAAGCAGAAGGCGAUCGACAGGGAGUUGCGGUACCUCCGGGGAGAAACCCAGGAGGGCCAACUCGUGCACAAAAUUCAAGACGCGGAGAUGGCCAAGUCUGAGGAUAAACCACACGGGGGAAGCAACGCGCCGGAACUGCCAACCAUCCUACUCACCCACGUGCCUCUCUACCGACCACCCGGCACACCCUGCGGGCCGCUGCGCGAGAGGUGGCCCCCAACGAAGCCCCCAAAGGGCCGGACCGAGCCCGUGUUCCCGGACGACCGCAACGCCAUAUCCGUAUCGCGAGGCUACCAAUACCAAAACGUGCUCAGUGAGAAGGACUCAGAAGAGCUCAUUAAAAAAGUUGGCAACGUUGUCCACGCUUUCUCGGGCGACGACCACGAUUACUGCGCCGUCGUCCACUCCCCGGCCCAAGGCAACGUGCCCGAGAUCACCGUCAAGAGCAUCAGCAUGGCAAUGGGCGUCUCCAAGCCGGGUUUCCUGCUUGUGAGCCUGUACAACCCCAUCGACCCAGCCACUGGCCAGCCUCUUAGUCCCGGUCAACCGACCCUGCAAACCCACCUGUGCCUCCUGCCGAACCAGCUGUCCACCUACCUCCACUACGUCAGUUUCGCGCUGCUCAGCAUCGUGCUCCUCACCAUCCGCGCGCUCCUCGUCCCGUUCCUGGGCUUGACACCCUUCGCCCUCGACCCCCUUGACACCCCACCACGACCACCAUCAUCAUCGUCCGGCCAUGGCCGGAGGAGUAUAUUACCCGUCUUUAAAGCCAAGGCUGAAGACUACGACGAGCAUGCCCUACCGCGCGGGUUCUCGGCGUCGCAUUUUCUUAACGGCCCUGGCGGCAGCGCCACGCGCGAUCGCUCCGGCAGCCUGGGGAAGUCGUCGCCGAAUGGCCAGGCCGGCCCCAGGGGUGCGGGGAAUAGCGGAGCGCAUAGGUCGGGACAUGGCAGGAGGAAAAGCUAUGGGAAGGGGUCCGGCGGGAAGUGGGGGUGGGCUGGGGCGGGGAGGCCGAGGGCCGCGCCGAGGAUCGAGAUUCCUAGUGAAGGGGAAGAGGAAGACUAUGGGGGUUAUGGUAAUAAGGCGGGCAAGUGGAAGGCGAGGGCGAGAGGCGCUGGGGGAAGGCCAGUGUCGGCUUUUGGAGUUGUUAUUACGGAGUUGUGGACGAGCGUGUGGAGGGUUGCGUGGAUGGUGGUGGGGUUCUUUGGGUGGUUGGCGUGGAAGGGGUAAGUUAUGUACCCAGGCUGUCCAUAUGCCAUAGAAUAAGUCCGGUAGGGAUUGUAUAGUACCUGGGAUGAUGUGUGUUGAUGAGUUGGCGUGUUUGUAUAUUCAGGAGUAAUGCAUCGUAUAAGGGGUAGGUAGCAUUUUGGGAGUAGCAUACCGUGGGAUAAGCUGUUCCAAAGUCUUUUGGAUUUUGGUUGGUCUCCG